GUUCGGGUCAUGAUGUCGCCGUCAGACACACAGGAAAUGGAAGAGCAGAUACGAUUCCUACUGCUGACGCCUUAUAACAACGGGUCCAUCUCCAUAGCAACCAAGGACAUACGGAUAAGCCGCAUAUUGAUAACUAGGUGCAACGCAGAAACCCGGCAGACGAGGAAAGGCCUGUUUGAGUGGCCCGACACUUCAGGAGGAAAAAAUGCAACUCGGCCGUGCCCAAAAAACCCUCUACGCUACGCCACCCGACACUGUAAACUGUGCCUCAGAACCCAGUGGUUGACCUCAGACCUGGAAGACUGUCCUCUGGUGGUGGAAACCAUCCCGGAUCUGGAUCAUGUCUAUGUCACCGCAGACAACGCACUGGACGUGGUGGAGAUGAUCGAGAGUUUAUUGAGCAACCACUCCACACUCAACUACCCGGAACUGGUCACAGUCCUCAACAAGCUGGAGGACGUCGUCGACCUCUGCAGGGUCACACCACAACUGGGCCAAGCUCUAAUCAACAUCAUCUCUGACAUACUGGAAUCUGACAGCAACCUGGUGCCUUUCACGAACACCAUCCUUAAUAUCACAGAGUCGGUGGGAGACAGGAUGGUGGCCUACGAGGGCAGCUCCACCCUGGUGGCUCCUGCCAUUGCUAUCUCAGUGGUGGAUGUAGUUCCUGGACAGUUUAGCAGCUUGACUUUCGGAGUGUCAUCCGACCGAGCAGGCACAAAGCCUGAGAUAUUCAUCAACAAGUAUCCCUUCAACGGCACAGUGGCUUUCAUCUCCCUGCCGUCUGUCCUGCAGCACAGCUUCCCAGAGAAUAGCUCCAACCGGAGCCCACCAAGGGUUAAGUUUCAGUUCUACGGCAUCCCCAUGCUCUUCAAGAGCGGCCAAAACGAGCGGAUCCUCAACACCUUUGUGGUGUCAGCCAGUGUGACCAAUGCCAGCUUUCCAAUCAAAGACCUGGAUGAAGAUGUCAUAGUCACGCUCCACCAUCUUACACCCAACACGCUUCAGAAGGACGUGCAGUGUGUGUACUGGAACUUCAAUAAAAACAAUGGACACGGAGGCUGGGAUGAUUACGGCUGCAGGAAACACAACAGCAGCUCUGAGUACACAACGUGCCUGUGUGAUCAUCUCACACACUUUGGAGUUCUUUUGGAUGUCUCCAGGACUCCGCUGGACCCGGCUAAUGAGCAGAUCCUGACCAUCAUCACUUAUGUUGGUUGUGGAGUCUCAUCGGUUUUCUUGGGAGUCACUGUUCUCACUUAUACAGCUUUCGAAAAGCUUCGUCGAGACUACCCCUCUCAGAUCCUCAUCAACCUGUCGCUGGCGCUGCUGGGCUUGAAUCUGGUGUUUCUGGUCAACUCCUGGCUGUCCUCCUGGAGUCUAUACGGCCUCUGCGUGGCUGUAGCAUCCACAAUGCAUUACUUCCUCCUUGCGUCAUUCACCUGGAUGGGUUUAGAGGCCAUUAACAUGUACUUUGCGCUCGUCAAAGUCUUCAACGUCUACGUGCCCUCUUAUAUCCUCAAAUUCUGUGCUCUGGGAUGGGGGAUUCCUCUGGUUAUCUGCAUCCUGGUGCUUAUCGUGAACAGAGAGGCCUACGGCAGUCACCUUUCCUUAAAUGUUCAGCAAGGCUUAGAGCCAUUGGACAACUCUGUCAACUUCUGUUGGAUCCAGGACGAUGUGACGUAUUACGUGUCUGUGGUUGCCUAUGCUGCGCUGGUCUUUCUCUUCAACAUUUCGGUUUUUGUGGUGGUUCUGAUCCAGAUUCGCCACAUGCGAGUCAACAGCCCGGCUGGGACCCGCAGCGGACUCAUGCAUGAACUGAGGGGAGUUGCCAGUCUCACCUUGUUACUAGGACUAACAUGGACUGUUGGCUUCCUCAGCGUGGGACCAGCCAAAGUAGUUAUGCUGUAUCUUUUCGCUGGACUCAACACCCUGCAAGGACUUUUCAUCUUCCUCUUCCACUGUCUGAUGAAGGAAAAUGUCAGGAAACAGUGGAGGAUUCACCUCUGCUUUGGACGCUUCCGACUUGAAGAGUACACCGAUUAUAGCAACUCGGCAUCAGUAGGAGUCACGGCCAAACCCAAAUCAAAUCCUCCAAGAGCACCAGUACCAUCGGUGGGCUCCGUCAAGUCCAGCUCCACCGACAGCACAUCAGCUUCCUCCGACUCCAGCCAGAGAGACUCGUCCUGCAAGAGACCAAACCUGGGACUUUUUGUGAAUUCCCCGGCUCUCCCUCGUGCCCAGAAGAUUCCCUCCGGUACGGGAGGGAUGAACCAGACACCUGGCUGGAGGAAUCACUUGCUUGGCCAGCAGGAACAAAGAUAAAAGACAAAAAGGAGCCAUGCAGACAUGCAAAUCAUAGAAACUGUCGUGCAAUCUUGAAAACUGCAAAAAGCCUCAACAUGUAUUGUACUUCAAUGUAAGCCAGUGAUGUGAAAUUAAUUCCAUUGUAUUCCAGCGCCAUUAGAUUAUUUUAUAAUGCAAUUCUAUUGUCUUUUUGUUUUUGCUAAAUACUGUAAAAGAGCCUGUAAUUAUGAAGACAUGAGUAGUUGCAUCAGUUCCAAGGAGGAGUUGGUUGCCAAGCAACUGGUGAGCGGAGCCAUGGUGACAAUGAACCAUAGUACCACACAGUUUGUA